AGGCUAGCAAAAGGGCCUCACAAUUGUUUUGCAAGUAUUGAACAACAUAGUGAGAAAAGUUUCAAAAACUGUAUCGCUGAAAUGUCAGCACAGAGUAUCUCAACGGGGCCAAAAUCUUCGUCAAAUAUAACUAAAUUUUCGGCUGAAGUAACUACAGCACUGAAAGCCACCCAAGAUCUUCAAGACAGCGUGCAUAAACUUCUGGAAACUUUUACCACAUGGAGAAGUCAAGAGUCUGAAUCUUGUCUUGCAGGGGUUAGAGAUACGAUAAAAGACAUUCAGACCUCCCAAAACAAGUUGGAAAAGACUGUUGCAACUUUCACCAAACUUCCAGAAACUCAACCUGUUGCACUUGGGAAUUGUGGUUUGAUUUCGCUCCAUCCAAAUGAAGACAAAUCUUCAAUCUACAGGGAUCUUGUUCAAGCGUAUUCUUGGGUAUCCAAGCUUAAUGCUGAUGCAAAUCAAGCACUGAAAAAAUUAAAAAGAAAAUACCCAGAGCCAGAGAUAUUUCCAUUUCCUACAAGCAAAAGGCCCAAGGAUUCUUCUGGGUUGCUGCAAGGUAUUUGUCAGACUUUACAAUCACAAUGUCCAGAUUUAUUGAUAAAUAUUCCUGACCAAAAAGUUGCAUGUUUGAAGAUUGUCAUCAAAGGGGUCUUGUCAGCAUUUAUUCUGUUUUCUGGAGGCAGCCUUGAUAGAGUCAUUGUUCGUAGUGACACCGAGGACAGGCGAAAAGAUGAAUGCUUGGAUCUCUGGACGCCAUCAGCAUUUCUGACAUUCCAAAAGGUUACAGAAGUAAGUCAAGCCGCGCUACUCAGCUUCUAUUCCCCUACGGAGUACCAAAGAUCCGCUUGGCAUUUGGUUCAAUGGCUUUCAUCUUACAAGACGCUCUUCUCAGAUAAAUGCGACCAGUGCAAUAGGCACCUGAAAGUGGAAACUGCGGAGGGAUAUUUGAUGCCACCAUGUUGGAGAGACUUUCUAACUCAUAAAUCUUAUCACACAACAUGCAGGUGACAACAUUAUGAAGGUCUUGAUGAAGAACUUCAUUCUUCAGUAGUUUUAACAAGUAUCCGAUAUAGCCGCAUUCCAUUUCUCCUUUUUGACGAAUUUCAAUCUUCUAGUAAAACGAGGAGACUAUCUGAACCAAUAUUUGUAUUGAAAUUUUUAAGAUAAUAUGAGAUAAUAGAAUACACCAAUUCAAUGAUCUCAAAAAACAUUAAAUUUCUUCGUAUCGAAUGUUUGCCUUUAGGUUCUGAUUAAGGACAAGAAUUUUGGUGCAAUGCAAGUUGUCAUGACCUUGAUGCUUGUGAUGUUGAUUUUCUGGCAAUGGAAAAUAAAAUUUAUAAGGCAAACUUGAAGUUUUGUAUUGGUGUCAAGAUUGUUGGAAAUGAAUUACAGAAUUGAAUAGAUUGAAAAAACCAUCGCAAGUUAUUACAUUGAGGUAAUUGUACCUUUGCUAUGCAUUAUCUGGUUGCCUUCCUUCAUGGUUGGAAGAGUGGGAACACAGUUUGUUAGAAUAGGGGAUGUGUGCGGGAUUGGUUAGGGGUGUGUGGGUGUUCUAUUGGCUAAGAGAUGUGGAUGUAGAAUUGGCUACUGGAAGGACUCUUUCUAAACUGUCAAAAAAUGGUGCUUGCAUUAAUUUACGUGGAAUUAGGAAUAAAUAAGAAGGGAAACAGUUGUGUUGAUUUUUUUCCCUGUUUGCUCCACUGAUUUUGUAAGCUACCUUGGUUAUCUAGACAAUGUCUGGGAAUACCCCUAGCGUUAAGAUACGAUAUAGUAUCGAAUUUUUUGCUGCGAAAAACAGAUUAUAAUGUGAAGAUAUGAUUUUUUAAUAAUGUUUUCUAUCAAGCUUUACGAAAAUUGUUGAGAUUUUAAUACGAUACUUGCUUUCUUCAUCUGCUCUACACUUUACAAAAUUUUCGUUUUUCUACCUGUGACAUAGAUGUUGCUUGGAUAGGAGGUGUGUAGAAUUUAAAAUCAAUAGAUUGUGGUAUUUUAUUGAAAUUGUGCUUCGAAUAUGAAACUUUACAGUGUUAAUGUGGAUUCCAAUUUAAUUAUGCUCCAGAGUGUUUGCCAAAGGCUCAAUGAAACAUUUCCUUGAUCGCGAGAAAACAUCUCCUCUGUGAUAAUGUGAUAUCCAGAUUAUAUCCUUGAUAGCAAUACCCUCUUUCUGUUGUCUGAUCCAUUUGUUUGCUGGUUUACUGGCUAAGGAAUUAGAGCCACCAGACCACAAAAUAAGCCGAUGCAUAUCGAAACAAUAUUAAGUACAUAUUUGAUUUGUUUGAGAAGCAAAAAUCAAGAGGGAAUUGCGUGGGUGUUGCGAAUCCGAAAACAGGGCUCACUUUGUUACUUGCUUUUAAAGAAACACAUCACGACGCGACGCUGAAUAUUAGAACAUUUGAAAUCCUGGCAGUAAAGGACAGUUUGUGGGGUGGGGGAUUUGUUUGGAUUUUGGAUUGGCUUACCAUCUUACCACCUAACAAGCAAUUUGUUAUCACCGAAAAUUUGUACGUGGCAGUACCCAGUCAUAACCUCCCUGAGCUUGUCGUUCGAUAUCCCCCCUUGGGGAGGAUAGGUCCCUGACCUAUGUAAUGUACGAAGCUGUUUCUAAUGUUUUUCAAAUUGCUGGGCGAUGUGAUGUAAGGUGGUUGCUUGUUGGUUUAACGCGCAGCAUUUUGCUUUUUAAUUCAAAAGGUAUUACUAGUAGGUUAUUGGUUUUGCCCUUCCUUUCAUAUUCUUAAACGUAUUCAGGAUCUUCUCUUUAAAAAUAUCUUGAAUACGCAUCUUCAUUGCCUGCCCCUAAAUUCGUUUCGUUAGCCCUAUAGUGAAUUAUUUGGUCUAAGGCGUAUUAAGGUAUGAAGUAACUUUGCUGCAUGGAUGAAUUUAUAGAUGAAGCUUUUUCCGCCAAAUAUAAGGGGGUGGGGGUUAACCCCAUAAAUCCCAAAAACAAAGGGAUUUGUCUUUCCCUCUCUUGGCAGUUAUAUUUAAUGUAACUAGUUUUGAAAAUAUGUUGAAACAUUGAUAUGCUUUUUGGUGUCUGGCGUUUGCAAGGGUUCAGCUGCUUAAACAAUUCUGCCAGCUGUUUCUUUUUGUUUACGUUUUCUUUUCAUGUGAUACCUGCCCUUAACUUGUUAUGUUAUUUGCAUUUGUAUGCAAAACAAAACAUAUAUGUUGUAUUUAAUUGAAAAUUAAAAGUAUUUGUAACUAUUCAUGUCAUUAAAACAGCUGGCUUUAUCAAAAAUCUCGUUGAUUUAAAAUGCAGCAGGGACUAGGGAAGGCGUUAUGGUCUCCAUUUUGAUACCUUUAUAACUGCAAUGUUUUCUGUCUCCCUAAUUCUUAUGAUAUCAACAUCAGGCAAACUCGCACUAGAAGAGGGCAACGGAGGCAAAGCGCCAAGAAAAAGAACUCAACAAUAUUAAAAAAAAAAUGCUUGAUUUCACAAGGGCAAAGGGGGCCGCUCCCCCCCCCCUCGCUGCCCCCUUGGUGCAGGCACCCUUGAUCAGCAUAUGAUAAUACCCCAUUGAACAACGAACCGGUUUUGUAGUAAAAAGAGGGACAUUGUUUUGUCUUGUCUACCGUUAAGAUAUGGACAAAGGUCCUCUGAAAGUAAGCGUGCGUGCUCCGGUCCAUCAGCAUUUCAGUGCCCCUACUCCUGCAGAUCUGUUCACUUUGCCCCCAGUACGGUAAGUACCGGCAUAUAAGAAACCCCCUUUAAUCAGAAGCAGGCUUCAUUUUCUCAAGAAAGGGCUCGUUAUAUAUGAAACAAUGCUAGGCCUAAAAUUAAAAUGUUUCUGGUUUUCAAGUAUAAACAAUCACGUUUUAUGUUUCAUUUCCUGCUCAUGACUUAUGUUGGUUGUAGUGUGUGUAUUCUAUUGAUAUGACAACAUUAUAUUGUACAGUGUGUGUUUGCUGACAAAACUACCAGUAAUAUUGAAUACACAUCCAUGGACGGCAGUAGCGGCGCCACGGGGGGACUGGGGGAGGGACACGUCUCCAUUUCUCAACAGAAUCGAUUUUGUAUUUCGUCUAAUUUCGAUGAGAAAAUGUUCGGGGAGGGGUAAUAUUUUAACACCGUACUUUUUGUGAUGUAAUUCUAUGAUUUUCAAACUGACAAUUUUCAAACAAAAGUUAGUCAUAGGCGUUCCCUUCGGAUAAAAUUGGCGUUCCCUGUUGGUAAAAGGGCGUUUUCUGGUGGUCAAAAGGGCGUGGCUUAAUUUUUUUUUGGUUUGUGGCUGGCGCCGCCAUUGAUAGACAGUGCUGUCAGCUUGAGUUGACUUGACGGUAUAAGAAACUUUGCACCCCUAAUGAUGAAAAGUAAGAAACGCUGUGAGGCCCCAGUUUAAAAAAAGGGGUUUCUUAUAUGCAGGUACUUCCUGUAAACGCGCCCCCGGCAACAGCGCUGGUCGACUUUGUUGUUAACGUGUCACUAUUUGGUGCCUGUUUACAUAGCCGAACAACUCGAGUCAAACAAAGCCAGCUCAACUGCAGACUCUGCUUUGAAAAGUUAUGGCCAUUGUAGCGCAUGACGGCAAGUAAUUGAAAAAGAUUACGGUUGUUCCGUUAACCUUCACGUUUGUUACACGAAAGACCCUUGUUGAUCUGGGCUCUUGGCAGGUGAUCGUGAAACGGAAGAGUUGGUUACAGUACAGGGGGUCAAAUAUUCUUCAGUCUUGCACUAUAACGUCUAUAACGUGUUAACGUCUGCACGCUUGCCAUUUCGUAGUGUAUAAUGCUACUCAAAACAAGAUCAAGGGAAAAGGCAGAUGUUUGAAGGAAGAAAGCGGUAAUAUUUCUCGUUCUGUGACAGUCAGGUUAUCAAUAAUGGGUUGUGGAGGAAGCGUGCCAGUGUCCCGGUUGACACAAAACAGAACCGACUUACAAUAUUUCGAGAAGCACCCAAAGUUACGUGACAAAAGAGAGAGUCUCUCGAUAGAGGAGGCACGGAAAAGGCGUGCAGAAUGUGCCAAGGAAAGAGCUCGACGGGCCAGUGUUAUGGGUCACCUGGAAGCUGAGAAGCUUUCCUACAGAAAGCGCUCCAAUGCAUCCAUGAUUAAUGUUUCAGCGAGUGACGUGUCAGAGGAGUCGCGAAUUCCGCCGUUUGAACCAAAACAAGGCGGAUCGUUAACAACCUCAAGCGAUAAGACAGCCAAUACAGAAAGCACAGGGAACCCAGCAACUCGAAAUGGUACCAGCAGUUUUACAAGGCAAGACCUAUCACCUUUUCAAUCAAACAACCUAAGAAGAACUCAGAUCGAAAUUACAAUAAGCCCGGGAUCUCGGCCCGGUUCAUCCAAAUCAGGCGGUUUGGAGGCGGACUUGCCGGGUAUGGUGAUAAGCAACGAAACGAAAACUAAGCCGGACCAACUGAACGAGAGCGAAUUUGAAGAGGCAAAUAGGACACGUGCGGCAAAAGUAAUUGUCGAUCGAGCUAUAUCAAGUGCAUUAGCAAAAAUGAAUACUCGCUGACGUCGGGAAGACGGUAAAACUUUCUUUAGUUAUAGUAACAUUGAUAGGGUUUUAAGGAUGGUAAGUUAGCGCAAUUUUUUUAAAUUGGGGAUAAACUAAUUUUUGCUAACUCAACUACACAGUUAAUUCCCUAAGCUCAACAAGUUAUUAAUCUUCUUCAUCAAGAAGACUGGUAGAAAUUUUUUAAGUAGAAUAAAAAAAUUCAAACAAGAUAUUUGGCCAAGCUGGAUUACUUUCUACAGGAAAGCCUUUCAAGAUAAAUAACGUAAAGUUUAUGAAAUUGUGCAUUUUUGUGCAUUUUUUUACAUUUGCCUUAGCAAGUUUCAAAUAAAAAAACCCCCCUUAGAAACGUACCAUGAAAAUCUUUCCCGCAAUUCUGUUGUACCUCAUGACUAGUUAUCAAAGAUUAACGCAUUGACAAUGAAAGGGACCUGUGGGAACAUUAUCUCUCUACUAUGAUUAUUUAAAAGUUUCCCUAGGACUUAGAAUGGCGUCAGAUGGCAAAUUAAAAGGAAAUUUCAAUGCAACGCCAAAUCCAACCUUGUUUUUUGCCUGGUUGCUUUUAUUUGUUUUCAGUGCUCAAAGGUAUAGUCCAGAGGUAGGAUUGAGUCCUUCUUUGAACUCUCUUUUUUGCACGCCUUCUCCGAAACUAUCCCCAUCAAAAUGUUUAUCGAUAGGCCUUUUCGUUCCACUGGCACCCUAGAGGUAUAAUCCAGAAUGUAAACAAGGGUAGUGUUUUGAAUAAUUCCAACUGUAUCAUAAAAGAGAUUAAAGAAGCGACGAUAUUGUUAUUUCCCAAAUUAUAAAGUGUAACUAAUUAUCUGUACUUUAUGUAACUGUAAUCAUCAUAGUCGAGCAAUAUAUAUCUCAGUUCAGAGAAACAAGGUUCUUUAUCACGACCCACCAAAAAGUAAGCUGAUAUAUGUAAUAAUCUUUAUAUUUGAUUUUUGUGAAUAACAUGCGUUCCUAUCGAUUAAGCUGAAACCGUUUUAUGAAUGACGUAUUUUAUCUAAUAAACGCCCCUAUCCAACAAACGCCCCUUUAAAACAAAAUUUACUAAAUAAACGCCCACCCUCAAAUAUACGGGCUACUUUUUGAAAUCAAAACGAUCACUUUCGUGUUUUAUGCCGUUUUAUAAGCAAUGUCGAAAAGUCUAUCAAUUGUGUUGCACAUUGCCUUUGUCGACUUUUGGCUUUGAUGAUACAAGAAACAUCAUGUUUCAAAGAGGGAAAUGAGCUGCGCCCUGCAGGUUAUGAAAAAUUGAAAACCAUCGCUCCUUUUGAUUGCAACCAGAAAGAGGAUCUAUUUGAAACAGAAGAUUCGGACGUAGAGGAGAAUCUAUAAACUGAAAUUGAUUCAGAUAAAGCGAAGGACGAAUUAUUAACAAUUGAUUAAGUGAUAAAUUCUUCUUAUUUAGCGUAGAUUGAUUUAAAAAAUGAUUAAAUCUUGCAAAGACAUUUUUCCUAUAAAUGCCUCUCUCUAAUAAACGCCUCUCUCCAAUAAACGCCUCUCUCAAAUAAACGCCUCUCUCCAAUAUUCACUCCUCCUCAUGUUAAUAAAUGCCCGGGCGUUUGAUAGAUCAAAUACGGUACAUAUCUAUGCAUGGAUUGUUUCCUGCAUUGAAAAGUUAGCGUUGCAUCUUUCAUUCCAUUUUUUGCAAAGAAAUUAUAA